AUGCCUUCAGAUAACGGUAUGGUUCGCCAAGUUCUUGACAAACUCUAUGAACAUGUUCUGGAAAUCAAAGAUAGUGUGCCUGAUGACGGCCACAUAGAUCUCCAUGACCUCGAGAAUGUUGAACAUAUGAUGGAAUUUGAUUUCGAGCAUUUGGACAAAGAACUGGUCCCGCCAAUCUACUUUGAACCGAUGCAGUCCGCCGAGUUGAAAAUGUACCCACCUGAUCCUGUACAUGCGCGCCGCAUGUUCAAUAUAGACGAGGAACAGACCCACGAUGGAUUGCCAGUAUCGACUUCCUCCCGUUGCCGUCAGAUUUCAAAAGUCAUUUCAAUCCAUGCAACCGGCAAAGCAAUGUCUCAUCAAAACCUCCAGGUUGUUGUACAGCCUGACACUACCUUCUUCUUAGAAGCUAACCUCGCAAGGCCUUACGGUAGAACAGGUCUGUGGACAAAUCCUCUUGCGGUAGAGCCCAAACCUGUUAAUGGGAAUGAAUGCCCCCAUAUCGCCCUCCACCUCGUUGAUAGAACAGAGGCUCGCGAAAACUCAAUCCUCUUUUCUGAAUUCAGUACAUUGGUUAAAGCCAUGCGAGGUCGCGCAUAUCAACCAAGGAUCGAUUCGGAGUCAAAACGGAAGGAACUAUAUGAACGAGACGAGGCCGGAGAGGAUUACAGAGACAUCUUACCCCGGCCUUGGUUACUCACUUUUCCUGAUGAGGAAAUAUUUCCUGUUCUGCUCAUUUCUUGUGUCCUUCCACAACAUGCCAGAAUCUUCGCUGCAUGUAUGUACCAAGGAAAACUGGUGAUUAGACAGUCGAAGCUUUACAGCUUUGAAUGGAGGGAUAAGGCACCGGUUGAAUUAUUUACUCGGGUUUUUCUCAGUAAGCCGGAAGAUAAUAAGGGCGAGACUGGUCUUUGUUAG